GCGAAAAACAAAAAAAAAUACAAGAAAGAGUCCUUUGACGAUUAAAAUGCAAAACAAAAAAACAAAAAGAAUACGCUCCCUUGGUCAGUUGAGCAUGAAAAUGUGAGGAAUUUGGAUUGGUCAAAAUGGAAAAAUUUUGCAAGUGAAUAGUGAAAAAAUUCCUCACAGCGAUUAUGAGUGGAAGAGUGUGCAAAAAAUGUGCUUGUGAAAUUAAAUUAAAAUUUGGAAGAAUUCAUAGUGAAUAAACAAAAAAAAAACAAAGAGCAAAAAAUACGACAAAAAUCUGUUAUGAAACGGCGUUAAAAAUUCCAACGCAGCCACAUCAAUUUCAGUGAACAACGGAAAACUUACAACAACAAUAUGUCCGGCAAAAUAGGACCACCACUGCCACCUACCCUUUCUUAUCCUUUUCCCAACCUUCAAUACCACCAGAGCAACAUCAAUUUUUGCCAAGGAAAGCGAAUAGACAACUGCCGCACAUUAAAAGUGAAGCUUACCGAGCCGCUACAGGCCCAAGCUGCGCCUUAUAAUUACUGCCAACGAAAAUGUCUACCCACCAACGGCGCCAACACCAGCGUCAACAACAAACAGCUGCUCCACGUGUAAACGAUACGCAAAACAACCUUACUGAGUCGGAGUACAAAGAUGAAAAUGGCGAUGGCUAUGAUGAAACUGGCCAUGGCACCAGCGAAUUGGUCAGGCACAGCACAUGCACAGCAAGCGCUGACGUUAACCCAACUAAAAUAAGCCAGCGAGGGAAAACAAAAAUUUCUGACAAGCCACAGACGAGUGGCCAACACAAAGUAAAGGAUAACAAUAACUGCCAAGCGGCAAAGCAAAAUAAAAUUUCAAGUGAGUGUUGGAGGCACGAGGCCAGCCAAAAUGUUAACGCUACCCCACCUUCGCUUGGUGUGAAUUUAAAAACAUCAAUUUACGACUGGGACUCACCCAGCUCAUUUACCGGUACAGUGAAGAGGCGGUCCGGUCGCCGGCCACACUCGUUGGCAGCAACAACUGCAAGCGUUGAACGUGGUUUGGGGCAUGCGAAUGUGAAACAGAAUGCAGCUUCCGAGAGCUCAGCGCUGUCAGUGAAAGCUUUAACCCCCACCAAAGAUGGCACCACUACCAACCAUAACUACAAAUUUUUUUGUAAUAACAAACGCAACCACUAUGCAAUUAGUGCCAACAACGCAAACACAGUGGAUGGCAGCAAGUUAAAGCGGCGGACGACUAACGACGAAAUAACUUUUGCAGGGACCGUCAAACCUGCCAGCAACAUGCCAAAGUCUCAUCGGCUGGGUAAGGAUAAGUCAUCGAAGCUGCGGCACAGCAAAUCGCUGGCGUCAGCAGAUCGAAAUGCUAAUAAUGCCGCUGCAACAAGCUCCCCACCACCGUCACCAAACAGUGACUUGGCGGCCGCUCAUAGUUUCCUAAGUGUUUCGCAACAUUCCCAGUCUAUCGCGCCUGGCACUAGAUCGAAGUCUUCCGAUGCCACGUCAUUGCCUGCCUCGUACAACCGCAAUCUUUGCAAUGCCUCCUUCUCCAGCGCGAACCAACUACACGACGAGCCGAAUGCCAUACGCGAUGCUAAUUAUAUGGAAUUGAGCUUUUGUGAUGGCCGCUACACCGGCGAUGAGUCAACGCAGUUUACCGAGCUCUUUCGUGAUUUCCCCGUCAGUUAUGAAUCCACGACGGUCGUCACGAAUUCACAGUUUGCAAAGUGUGGUCUUUCGGCGCAAGCGUCACCACGUUCGACGCCUCCCUAUCGCGAGCCACCACCGCCAACACCACCACCGAUCUCACAGAUGCCAACGCGCGACUCGCGCUUCCUCGCCAUGCAAUCAACCGCCGAGCCAUGUGCUUCCCUAUCCGCGCCAGCGACACCCUCACGCGGCAAGGUCGUGCUCAGCAAGAAGGAGCGCAAGGAGUUGAGCAAACUGAAUGCGCGUCUAGGCGUGUAUGAUGGUAGCGAGCAUGCCGGUGGAAGCGCGAGCGCUCAGUCUAGUCCCUACAAGGGACGUGUAUCUGAGUUGAAGAACUGCUUGGCGCGGGGUCUAUUUGCUUCGCUAAGUCGUGGUUCGCAGAAGUCACUUACCGCGAAUAGCGCGGCACAAGAAGAAGCCACAUCGUCGUCGAAUGAGGUCUCACCGCCGCCACCAGCGCCAGCGGACGCUAGUCCUCCGAACUCGAAUGCGUCCAACAAUAAUGAUGCAGACUAUAGUGAGAAGCUAAAGAAUUUGCCAGUGCGUCAGCGUAAGACGCACGUCUCGCACAUGGAUAACUAUUGCCUCUUCGAUCCUGUUGAUUUCAUAAAUGAAAAGGCGCUACGGCAACGCACACAUGAGCAUUUAAGCCGGAUGUUUGAAACGACCACGACACACGGUCUACGUGAUCCGCUCUUCAGUUCGCGCCAGAACUUAGACUUUAGCGAAGAGGAAUCUGUGCCCGAAGUCAUCUACAAUGAGGAUGAGCUGCCACCGGAGGACGACUCUACGCUAGUGGUUGAGGUGACAUUCGAGGAAGCUUGCGGUGGCGCAACGAGAUCAGCUAAUUUCGAUCAUCACAAUUAUUUUGUCAUUGAUCCAGAUGACUUUGAAGAGGAACCCAUACCUGAUAUCGGCAUACCGAAUCCAAACACCAAUGAACAACUGGUGCACGCCAACCUCGAAGCAUUGGCUGAGCAAACCACUGCCAAAGCAGACGAGCCCAUACUACGUGAGUCCGCCAGCUUUGAAAAGUUGCUCGAAGUGCUGGAUGCGGCGCCGAGCAUGUCGAAUAGUCAAGAGUCCAAAGAUACAAACACCACCGCUUCCACGACCACAACAACAUCCACCGCGCUUGUGGAGUCAUCCACCUCCACGAACUCAGCGAGUUCAUCCACCUCAGCGACGUCCUCGCAAACGACGCUACAGCGCACGAAAAAGAGGUUAACCUUCCUGAAUCUCUCACCUUUUCGGUCGAAACAGCAAAUGAGUGGCAGCGCCGUGGCCGGGAAUGAUAAACGAGCUAAGCGUAAUGGCGACAAUAAAACGAAUGAUGCGUCUGUGUGUGACGCUAGUGCCGUAGUGGACACAGCGAGUAACGAGCAGCGUGCUGUCUCUGCGCUAGUCAGCUCGGAGCAUAUGCUUCACCUGCAGCAUAUGCUGCUGGACGAGAAGGAGCACUUACGCGCGCGUACCGUGCCAAUCGAAUCGAAUUAUGUACUCUUCAAUCCGGGUCCGGUGCCGAGUCGUAAUGUACCGUACAAAAUUCGUAAGCCGCGACCGUUGUCCUCACACAGCGAUGCAGAUAGUGGUUUCCUGAGUCCAUGCUCGCCCGAUGAGCUGUCCGCGCUGAAGUUCAACUCGGCGAUUUUGGUGCUGCAGCAGUGUGACAGCGUGCAGGGAUACAUUGAGAUAUACACCGAUUGGGCAAACUACUAUCUCGAACGUGCCAAAUCCAAAAAGAGAGUCACCGAUCUGUCAGCAGAUUGUCGCGAUGGCUUACUACUCGCUGACGUCAUUGAAGCGGUAACAUCAUUCAAAGUGCCCGAUUUGGUGAAAAAGCCAAAAAAUCAGCAACAAAUGUACGACAACGUCAACUCCUGUCUAAAUGUGCUGCGUUCGCAGGCGGUUUGUGGCGUGGAUAAUAUCACCACGAAUGACAUCUGUGCCGGCCGACUGAAGGCAGUGUUGGCGCUUUUCUUUGCGCUCAGUCGUUACAAGCAACAGUCGAAGCAAUUGUCCAACACAACAACACCAAAUGCGAAUAUUGUUUUGGGCACAACAAAUACAACAGCUAAUUGCACAACAACAGCAGCGGCGGCAAUAAAUACAGCCACUGGUGGAGCAAUAACGGCAGCCAGUAAUCAGGCACAAAAUCAGCAACAGCAACAGCAACAUCUGCAGAACGGCAAUGAAACAAUGUUGAAUAGACAAAUACCGUCCGCUUACUCCAAAGCCAAUGGCGGCACUGCCAUUCCACUGCCCGCCACCGUUAUGGUGCAACGGCGCUGUCCGCCGGAUAAAGUACGACCACUGCCACCGACACCGAAUCAUACGCCAUCCAUACCGGGUUUGGGCAAAAGCGGCGCUGAUUUCAAUAGCGGGCGGCCGAAUAGUCCACCAACCAGCAAUCAUACAAUACAAAGUCUUAAAACUGGCAACAAUAAUGGCUUACGUCCACCAACAGCUAAACCGACCCACCCGAGCGGCAUACCGCCACCAAGUGGUUUACCAGCAGCCGCCAAUGUGGCAACUGCUGCGCACCCACAACAAAAGCACUCAAUGCUUGACAAACUGAAGUUAUUUAAUAAGGAAAAGCAACAGCAGCAGAACGCCGUCAAUGCUGCAACCACUAAAAUGCAGGCUCAAUCAAAGCGUACCUCAUCCUCGUCGGGUUUCUCCUCAGCACGUUCCGAGCGCUCAGACUCUUCGCUGAGCCUCAACGAUGGCCACAUAUCACAGAUCAAGCCACCAACGGUCAGUGUUACCUCCGGCAAGGGCAAGGUCAAUACAAAACAAUCAAAAUUAAUGGCCGCACAGUUGAAGAAAGAACAGACGAAAUCCAGUAAGCUCGACAAAAAGGAGAAAAGUCCAGCGCGUUCGCUGAAUAAAGAAGAUAUGAGUGGCGAUAGCAAAAAUUCGACUUUGAGUCGCACGAAAAACUCACUGCCCCGCGUCAGCGAAAAGAAUUCAGCGAAAUCUUCAUCGAAAGGCUCACUCAAUUCCAAGUCUGAUUCGAAAUCCUCGCUGAUAGUGCCGCCCACGAAAGGACUCUGCAGCCCAAAUGGUUCAAACACUGGUCUUCCCAAGCCGAUUGCUGCCAUCAAGGGCACUAGCAAGUUGCCGCAACCGCCUUUGGGUGUUGUUGUUGGCAGUGGUAGCGUUGAUAAUCGUGGACGUGGCAUGAGCAAUUCCAAUUCGCAGCAUGAAAUGCUGAAACGUGAAAAGAGUGACAUAUCAAGCAUGCAUACAAACAUAUCUGGCGAGACGACAAAAUCCAAGGAAACACAGCAGCACCAACCACAUAUCGUCAAACCGGUACCGAUAUUGCCGGAACCGGGCAGCAAGCCACCAUAUUACGCCAACACAGCAAACAUAUCACAGCAACAGCAGCAACACCUUCAGCUGCAACAGCAACGUCAACAACAAUAUCAACAACAGCAGCAAGCCUACUACAAUCAGCAACAGCAGCAGCAACAACAACAAGAGCAUGCUACAUACAUAAAUAACAGUCGCCUGCCGCCACCCAAAUCCACUACUUCACCAUCCGCCAAUACACCUUCACGCAAGCUGGAAUACAAUGCCGGCCCCGGCAUACUCACUUCGCCGCAACGUUCUCCACUGCGCGGCCUACCGCAAUCGCCCGAUACGCCACACCAUCACCAACAUCCAAGUGCAUCCAAGUUCCAUACGAUACCUUCGAGAAUCGAUACCAUUUACGAGGAGAAGAGACCGACCAGUUUGCUGCCUAUGCCACCGCUGCUGCGUGGUUAUAAUUCGCAUGUUACGUUGCCCACACGCGGCCUACGUGGCGGUGGCGCUCACAAUUAUGUUGCUGACUUUAUUGAAACAGAAAUCAGUCAAGGUUACUGCAGCGACGGUGAUUCGUUAAGGGUUAGCGCUACGGCGCGCUUGGCGCAACGCGCAGCCGCAACAGCGAGGCGAUACCAUGACAUAGAUAAUGGCUACCUCUCGGAGGGUAGUGGUAGUGUUGGACAUCAUGGUAUGGGUGUGGGUGGUGUUGGCGGCAUGAGUGCGGCGGCGCAUACGAAACAUUUCCUAAGCAUGAUGCGAGCGAGAACGCAGUUACCGACAACCAUCGAAGAGCGCAUUCGUAACAGCCGUGGCAGUCUCGAUAGCAUCGGCACCGCACCACCUUCAUCUGCUGCCUCACAGGCCAGCUCGAGCGGUGGCUCAAAUCCAAAAAUGGACAGCGCCAGUGGCGGCGGUGCUGGCGGCGGCGGCGGCGGCGGCGGCUCUGGCAAUACCAGCGCCAAUGCCAGCCCACAACAUCACACACAUCAGCAUUCGCAACAUGCGCACCAUUCCAAUGCCGGCGUUGUGGGCGUACAUCGCUCGAAUUCACGUAAUGGGCGUGAUAACUGGACGAAAAUGCCGGAGCCACUAAAUGGCCAUGGCCAUAACAAAGGCGAGAAAUCUGAAAAGUCAUCGCCUUCAAGGCGCAGCAUGGGCGGCGGUAGUGGCAGCUCUUCCAAGCAGGGUUCACCGUCCGGUCGGACAAAGGGUGUACCGCCCAGUUUUGGCUAUGUCAAGCGUGCCAAUGGCAGUGCUACUGCAACGGCAGAGCAACAAAAUAUAGCAAUGAUGGGCGCAGCAAUGAUGGGUGCCGGCGGUGGUGGUCUAGCAAAUGGUGGUUGUGGUGGUGCUGCCGGUUCGCCGGGUGGCAUGUGCGGUGGCAUGGGUCGUACAGCGCAUGUAUCAGCGGUGCCACGCACUGCCUCCUCUGGUGGUGGUGGUGGUGGUGCUGGCGGACGGAAGGUGUCGGGCGGUACGCAAACGCUGCCCAACGAUAUGUCAAAAGCUCCUCCCAGCGCUCAGCAUCGCAGCUUUUCUUUGACUGGUCCCGGCGCUACCCAGUUAAGCCAAUCGAUACGUGAACGUCUAGCUACUGGUUCUCAUAGUUUACCGAAACCGGGCACGGAUUUGCAUCUAUUUCAGCAUAGAAUAUCCAAUCGUCCUGGCAAAUUGAUCGAUGGCUCAUUGUCGGACACGCAAACCUAUGCCGAGGUAAAGCCCGAAUACAGCACAUAUGCCAUGUGGCUAAAGCAUAGCAAUACCGCUGGCAGUCGUCUCUCUGAGGGCGAUUCACUGGAGAAUAUGCAAAUUGGUUCACCGGCAAUGACACGCCAUAGUCACAAAAUGUUGCAACAUCGUAAUGCUGCCGCAGCAGUAGCAGCCGCAGCGGCAGCAGCAGCGGCGGCGAGUGUAAUGCCACAGGGAGGAGGCGGUGGCGCUGCAGGCAUGGGCGGUGCGGGCAGUGAGUCGCCGUAUGUGCAAAGUCCACGACUGAAUCGGAGCAAUAGCAUAAGCUACUUGAAAGAAAGGACAUAUCCAAGAUCCACAAAGUCGGAGAAAAUGUAUCCUUCGAUGUUGAGUCGCGGUCCCGAUGUCGAAAUCGAACCCUACUAUUGCCUCCCAGUAGGCACAAUAACCGCACAAAAUGGUUCAUUAUCAGCGCAAAUGGCCGCUGUUGCCGCGGCAGCAAUGUCACAGGUGACUGGACAGCCAACGGCUGGCGCCACAGGCGCACCAGUAGCCUGGAGUCAACCGACCUCGCCAACACCAAUCAGCCGUGGUUUUGGUGCCACGCUCUCGCCGACACAUCCAACUGGCAUGCCAGGCAUUAUGGGCUUAGUGGGUGCGCCGGGAAGCGCUAGUAGCAGCAGCAAUACAGCGGGUCAUCGUCUCACAUAUCCAAAGAAGAAUGAUGAAGUGCACGGCAGUGCCGCAUCACUGCUCUCUGGCGGUAGCUCACUGUAUGGUUCAGCAGAGGAGCGACAAGCCAACGAAAUACGUCGUUUGAAGCGUGAAUUAUUGGAUGCGCGUGAACAGGUGCUGAGCUUGAGCAGUCAACUGUCAACAAAUUUAUGUUCGUACGCAGACAGCCAACAGCCAACAGCCAACAGCCAGCCAUCGGGCAACAACCAGCAGCAAACCGCCAACACUUUUAUGGCAUCCAUGACCAAAGGUUGA